UGAUUUACAACACCGUCCUACAUUGUACUGAGAUAAUCCUAAUUCAGUUGUCAGUUGAUCAGUCUUUGUUACAUCAUGGCAUCGGAGAAGUGCUCGUUCGGUAUUGGCCUGGGACUUUUAAUUCUAUCAUUCACACUUUAUAUUAUCGGAUUUUCUACCUCUUAUUGGUUAGAGACAUUUGAGGAAGUUAAGGUUGGUUUAGAACGAUUGGGACUGUGGGAGAUUUGUUUCACUCGAGAUGGAAUGUCGUUGAAUUCUGGUGACCAGGCUAGGGGAAUAACUUACAAAAAUUGUUAUUGGGUCUUUCAUGAAAACAUAAGACUGGCUUCGGACACAUUUGCCAUACCUUUCUUCCUUGGCACCCAGCUGCUCUCUGCCUUCUCUGUGGCUCUCCUCAUCCUGGUUUUGAUCAUGGCAGUAAUACGAAUGUGUGGUUGCUGUCAGACUGGUUAUAAGGUCCAUGUUGCAGUGAUUUCAGCUCUUCUGACACUAUUAGCAAUAACAUUUCAGAUCUCGGCCCUGUUAUUAUUUGGUCUGAAAACUGGUCACAAAGAUUGGCUUACCAACCAUCGACACAUCCAUUUAUCCUGGUCCUAUGGUCUUUGUGCAGGUGGAGCUUUGAUACUUAUAUUUGCAGCAUUGUUUUUUGCUUUAGCUGCAUUUUCUGCAUAUGAUACUAAAAAGGCAAAAGCCAAAGCCAAAAAGUUUGCCCUGUCUGUGCAUAGAUAUUAGCACUGAUACUCUGGCUACUUAAAUCAUUCUGAUUUUAAGUAGCUAAAGUAUAUUGGUUGUAUAUUAUUUAUUCAUACUUUACAUAAGAAACUGUAGAAAUAUUUUUUUACUUUUACAAAAAAAAUAUGAAACAAAUGUUUUCUAAUUCUACAUAAAGCUAUAUUUAAUCUCUGUAAGUCUGUCACUGCCUACAUCUCAAACCAAGGCACAGCUCUUAGCAGAGCUGUACAUUUGAAAACAGGGAUCAAUGGUGAGUGGCUGUUGAUGGUUUGCUAAUGAAAAUAUCUACUUUUACUUGAGUGUUGUUAAAUAUAGCAGCCUGCUUGUAAUGCAACUUAAAUCAUUUAACACAUAUCAUAUGAGAUUUAUGUGGCAGUUUUACAUGUUUAGAUAAUUGUUUACAAAAUUUCAAAAUUGCACAGUAUCAUUCUUGGUCAAAUAUUGUUGGUAACUUGGGUAUUAACCCCCCAAACAAUCUUUACAUACAUGUGACAGAUAACCAUGUUUAUUGCAUUUUCAACUUCUUUUAUUGACACUUACCUCAGUAUUUAUGGAGUUGAUUUAGAAACAUCAACCUCCUUGAUAGGGAACACUAAUUUAUUGCAAGUUUUAUAUUCUAGGAUAACACUUGUCAAUUCUACAUUCCUCUCUGUCUAGAGCAAUAAGCUGUGCAUCAGCCAUACAAUAAGCUGUCCAUCAUAAAGCUGAUUGACAGUAAACUAAAUCACCUUCAAAUUACAGUCCACCUUGGGAAAAAAUUGACAUUUUAUAGUAGCCAUAAUAAUCCUAAAAUGAUGAGGUGGUCAUGGCUGAAAUGCUUCAUCAGGCUGACCGGGACCUAAAUAGCAACUAAUACAUAGCUAUGUAACUCACUAUGCUUUUGUUGAGUACACUGCAUAUCAGUGACAAGAUAUGAACUGUUGAGCUUUGAAUUAAUUAUUUCAUUACUUUAAAAUAUUAAAUAUAUUCUUGUAAUGUCUUAGUUGAAAUAUAGACAUUCAUCAAACACUUCACAUAAUCUUUUCUAAACAAAUAUAUUUUUUAAAUAUCAAAUUCACAUUUUUUACUUCAUCAUAAAAUAUUUUUUUAAAUCAAAUUCUAGAAAACAUUUGACAAAUUUGCAAUCUUUGCUUAUCAGCAGCAUAUCACAGCUAAUAAUUAACACCCUUUGUGAUGCUAAUUAUUAGUUAAAUAUAUUUUGUAAAUAGAUUUUUUUUAAAUCCAUUUUUAUAUAUCCUGAAUACACUGUACAACAAAUUUCAAGGUCAAGAAAAAAAAACAUAGUUCUCAUGUACAUUUUAUUAUGAAGGUGAUUGUGCUAAGUUCAAAUUUUAUAACAAAAAUCUCCAUUCAUGUCACAUUUUCUUGUAAAUUACCAACUUAAUAACUAUGCAAUUUAUACCAAUUUCUAUGAUACCAUAAAUUUAUUUUGCCCCCAAAGUCAGAUUAAAUAUGUCCAUUGUAAUUACUUCAUAAGCAUUAUAUAAUGUAUUAACCUACAUUUUAGUAUUUACAUCUUUGUUUAUAAGACAUCUUAUGUGUCACGCUUCAGAUUCCAGCAGAAGUCAGCCAGCAUAGCUGGGCUCCAUUUUCCCUUAUACCUGUUUUCCAUUGAUGCUAUAUCUUGAUGGAACUUCUCUCCGUGUUCAUCACUCACAUCUCCUGUAUCCUCUGGGAAGAAGGACAGAUGAGAAUGAAGAAAGUGUAUCUUCAGUGACAUAUUGCAUCUGAGAUCUUGGUAGCACUUGAUUAUGCUCUCCACUAUACUCACUCACUGGGUCACUUGGUGCUUUCCCAGAAGUCCUUUGCAUACAUCUUUGAAUGCAUGCCAGGCCGCUAGCUCAGUUUUAUCUAUUGUCACCUUCAAGUCCUCAUCAGCUAUAAGUUGACAAAUCUGAGGACCUAUGAAUAUGCCUCCUUUAAUCUUGGCAUCACUUAUUUUAGGGAAGAUCACCUCAAGGUACUGGAAACAUGACUUGUUAUAUUGCUGUGCUUUAGUAAAUUGCUUCAUUAGGCCUAAUUUUAUAUGCAGUGGUGGCAAAAUGAUUUUAAUUAGUGGGUCAUGACAUUCAGGUGUCAUAGUUUCCCAAGGUGGCCAUUCUGAGCAUAAUGUUCUGAUCUAGCCCUACCGUCCCACUUGCAAAGGAAACAAACUUGAUGUAUCCAGUUUGUAGCCCAUUAAAUAGGGCUACUACAGUCAAGUCUGCACAAAUUAGCCACUCAUGCUCCUUGUAACUUAUGUGGUCUAGAAUAAAAGUGAGGUUCUCAUAUGUUUCUCUUGAAAUGACCGAGUGAACUAUCGGAACUGAAGGCAUGGUGUUCCCAAUGUGCAAAAGAACUGCUUUUAUGCUGUAAAAGAUGCAUCUGUGAAUAACCUCCACUCAUUUGGUUCACAGGUCAGCUCAAGGGCAUUGAAUAGGUCUGAUAUCGUUAUAAUAAGUCAAGUUGUUUUCCAAAGUGAAGAAUUGCUAUAGACCUGCAGAACACUUCCCAAAUAUCGUAAUUUUGAGCAUCUUUAUCCAACGGGUUCCAUUGUUGCAGACAUGAGGCCAGGAUUGCUUACUAUUGCUUAGUAAGUAUUAAAUCACAAACUAGAUCAUUGAGUUCAGGUUGAGUAAUGAGGUGUGGUUUCUUGUCAAAUUUACCACAGAUUUGGACCCAUAUAACUAUAAAAAUAUGGAGUGUACUUUUAUAAUUUUCAUAGGUUAGGUUGACAAAUACCUUUGGAACACACCACUAAAAUUAUAUCAAAAUCUGUUCAUAACUUUUAAAGUUGUCAGUUUCAGCCCAGUCCUGUUUGCACUCAAUUCCUAUGGAACCAUCAGUGUAUUUAACAUAAAAUGGUAAUUUACAAGAAUCUGGAGGGUCACAAGAAGAAAUGGAUGUUAGAUUUGUGAUCUACACACAAAAUAUCCCUAGAAAAGAUUUUUCUCAUUUCCGGUUUUUUUUGUUUUUUUUUUGCAUUGUUAUACAAUGAUAUCGAAGACUUAUCAUAUUUGCUCUUCAAAUUAAAAUAUUUGUAACAUUUUUGGAUUGAGUUAUAAAGGUACUUUACAUUUUAUAUUUUUUUUGAAAAGAACAUUUUAGAGGAAUAUUGUAGCAUCUAUAAUAAUUUCUUUUUUGUUUAUAAGUUUAUUACUUCUGUUGCUAAUUACAUUAUAAAUGAAUAGCCUGUAUUAUCAAAUGAUAUUGAAGCUGUUUGAGUUGAUUAAAUGUUGUAAUUAUUCUUAAAUGUCUCAAUUUUUCCAUAAACUAAUUCCACUGCAUUUAAAGCCAUUGUUCUGAACUUAAGUUUUGCAGUAAUUAAAAUUGGAAAUAAAGUUAUUUUAUUAAUUAACUGGACAAUGGGGUUUUAUCAAAUUAAUAGCUGAAGUUCAUAUAUUUUGAUAAUCUUAAUAUUUUUCAUCAUAUACAAGAAGUUAAACAUUUAGAAUAUUUUUCAUUUGCUUCAUUGUGUAACUUGCAUAUUUAUUGAAACAGUUAGCUUGUGGGCCUUCUGAAAUUCAUGUUUCAUCACACAUUAAAUGUUUUUAUACCUGAAACUCCAAUCUUGUUUGAGAAGUAAACAUCUUAAAAGUCAUAA